AAGGCUGCUUUUGUUACCUUUCACCUGACGACGUCGGUGCGCAUCGCAACUUGGACAGAGAAACUGCAUCAUAGCACGGGUCUUGUUUGAUUAGGCUUUAUUAUUUAUUUUAAUGCAAUGACGUAAUUUAUUGUCUUGGGUUUAUUUAAGUUGACGUUAUCAAUCUUAUCUGAAUAGAGGAAUAUACACCCGGUCUCUAAAUCAACGGUGCUUUUACGCAUCAGGUUCAAAUAGGUGUAAAGACGCAUCUUCAGUUAGAGGGUUCUGGUUCGAUAGCACUAAUUCAGACAAAAACAACUAAGUGACAAACAACCCAGGGUGAAAGAAAAACACAGAGGGAGGGAGUGACAGAAAAAAGAGAGAGAGAGAGAGGAGAGAGAGAGAGAGAGAGACACCCCCUGGAGACUAGCUAGGAGACCCGGCCCCCGGCCUGAGAGAAGGAGAGAGAGAGUGAGGUAGUGAGGGAGUGUUUUAAAGCCAGCAGGAGGCAUGAUGUCCUACAUUAAGCAACCCCAUUACGCCGUGAACGGGUUAACGCUGUCCGGCCCGGGCAUGGAUCUGCUUCACUCCGCCGUUGGAUACCCUAAUACCCCGCGUAAACAGCGUCGGGAGCGCACCACCUUCACACGCGCACAGCUGGAUAUCCUCGAGGCUCUGUUUGCCAAAACGCGCUACCCAGACAUCUUCAUGAGGGAGGAGGUGGCCCUAAAGAUCAACCUGCCUGAGUCCCGAGUCCAGGUCUGGUUCAAGAACCGCCGUGCCAAGUGCCGCCAGCAGCAGCAGCAGAGCACCGGCCAGUCCAAACCACGGCCCCCUAAAAAGAAGGCAUCCCCUGCUCGGGAUGCUAACUCUGAGGCCAGUGCCAACGUCACCAAUGGAGCAUACAGCCCUCCUCCCCCUCCUCCAGGCACCGGCAUCCCCCCCAGCUCCAGCUCUGCCAGCGCCACGGUGUCCAUCUGGAGCCCAGCCUCCAUCUCCCCGCUGCCAGACCCCCUGUCUGCCUCCACCACUCCCUGCAUGCAGCGCACCACCUCAUACCCCAUGACCUACACCCAGGCCCCAGCCUACAGCCAGAGCUACGCAGGAUCCUCCUCCUACUUCACCGGCCUGGACUGUAGCUCCUACCUGUCCCCGAUGCACCCGCAGCUGUCGGGCACCGGAGGCGCCCUGAGCCCCAUCACAGCCGCCUCGAUGGGUGGGCCUCUCAGCCAGUCCCCCGCCUCGCUGUCCUCCCAGGGCUACACAGCAGCCUCGCUGGGCUUUGGAGCCGUCGACUGUCUAGACUACAAGGACCAAGCUGCCUGGAAGCUUAAUUUCAAUGCCACUGACUGUCUGGACUACAAAGACCAGAACUCCUGGAAGUUCCAGGUCUUGUAAAUAUUAAGAAGUGGGAGGUGGGGAGGGACGGGGAUAGGGGAAGAAACGAGAUAUUGAACAAAAUUGAAGUCAGGUGAAUGACCCCAGAUUAGAUGGAAGAUACCUUGGGACACAGCAAUCAAUUAAUCAUAUCGGUGGAAGAACUAAUCAGCUAAAAUAGUUCACUUUUGCUAGCUCAGAAAUAUUUGUGGAUGUAAACUGAGCUGUUGAGCUGAUGCUCGACUUGGUGAUUGUAAAAAAAGAGAUGACUGUAGUGUUCCUAAGUUAAGCAACUUAGAAAUCAGCUAUGAAAUAAAUGAAUGGCUGUAAAAGGAAAACAAGACUGUGAUAUCUGUACAAUAAAAUCUAAUUAGAGAGGAAGAACAACAGCUUUAUAUUUCCAGCUCAGUGGUAUUGGGCCGAAGUUGUGAUUUAAAUACAGUAAACUAUAUUCCUGAUGUCAAGAUAAUUUAAAGUGAACACUCAGAAACAUAGGUGGUGACUUGUCACAUGUUAAAUGCCUCCUUUCGAUUGAUAACUCAACAGUUUUGGUUAAUAGAUAUUCCACCUGCCUCCACUUGGACCCCAUUUGAAGCAGAGCUUUCACAGCGCAGCCGCUUCAGUGACCUUCACGUUUACUGCAUAGACAGCCUUGAAAUGGACAUGUUAAAGCACAGAACUGACUAGAGCCCGAGCUCAUGUUUAUUUCUUCCUUAGACCUUGUCUUGUAUUUUCUGUGAUGUAUUUCUUUUAUAAAGCUGAUUUUCAUCUCAAAAAGCUUUGAGCCAAACGACUCAACUAACCCAAACUGACAUCUUAGGGAGGUGUCUUAACAAGGUGGCCACUAAUUUAAAAAAAUACCACGUGAAAUGUGCAGACAGCAGACAGACACUGAUGAUUCCCAGUAGCCUUGUGUGAUACUGACCCUCUGCAGCCUGUGUGUGAUACUCGCGGAGGUAGUAGAGCUGGUCACUGAAGUGACUGCAGUACAAACCUGUUGCCUUUGAGCAUGGUUGAAAUCAUUAGCAGAAUGGCUCGUCCAUUGUUAGUUUAAUAGGAUCAAUUCCAGACAAUUUGUGCAACAAUGGCCGCAUUGUGGCUAUUGGCAGCCAAGUAGAUCCCCCCCCCCCCCACUCCAUCUCACAGUGUUUGCAUGAGGGUAGCUGAUUGUUGAAGCAGUUCAUGAAUCUACAAAUGACUUUAUUAUUAUGAACUUGUUUUGCUGAUAAAUUGCUCCAGGGAGGAUUUGAUGGGAGAGAAGUCUGCACCAGAGAAAGGGAAGGGACUGGGCCGCCAUGCAGCCCCCCUUUGCACAGAGAGUUUGGUGUCUCUCAACUUCAACCUGUAAAGAUGUGAUGGGUACCCCUUUAUGUGUUUGAUGUGUUGUUUGAUUUUUUUUUUGUAUUAGACUUAAACAAUAUUUCUUUUAAGAAAUUGUGAAUUCGUUGAAGUAAAAAUUGUGGUAAUUUGUUUUGAAUAUUAUUAUCAGUAUUAUUACUAUCAUAAAUAUGUUGUCUUCAGCUGACAUGGACAUUGCUAAUAUACUUUUUUGUUCUUUUGUAAAUAUAAAAACUUGAAAAUGCAAUCAUGUCUGGUAUCACCAAUGAGUUGUUACGCAGGCGCUCCACCCAACAGAAUCUCUCUCUCUCUCUUAAUUUCUAGAAAACUGCCAACUUUUUGUUUGUUUCUGUUUCUGUUCUUCUGGUUUCUGCUUAUUCUUAUUUUUUCAAACUCAGGGGUUUAUCCAAUAAAAGUAGCAGUAAUAGGAUACAAUGCUGGUUAUGCUUCUUGAUCAUUUACUGUACUUUUAUCUUUUGCAUUACUAUAAUCUUCUCUGCUUAUUUUUUCUGACAUGAAUUAUUUUGUAUAUUUCAUUUGUCUCCUGUGUUUGACCAGUCUCACCACUACCAUGCUAGAUAGCUAUGAUGUUUCUGAGACAUUAAAUGGCUUCAUU